AUGAAAGGAGGCAGAAUCCGAGACGGCGAGAACCUUCAAGAGGCAAAUGGGCAAAGAGGCUCGUUCAACCAGGCGUUUUCGCGAUUUUUUCUCCAACAAAGCCUGCCCGUCCCCAAAAGCCACCAAAAUGGACCAAGGUCAAUGUCGAAUCCCAAGUCGCGCUGGCGUACCGAGCGAGUACCCAAGGCCCGCAGCCCAAGAGCCGGCGAUGGCGGCGUCCUUCCCAAUGCUGACAAGACCGCUGCCAUCACGCACAUCGUGACCAAGAGAUCCUGGGAGACUAAGAUGUGCUAG